AUGGAGCCCAGCAGAGGACGUCUUGCUCAUAAGCUCUUGGCUAAAAACAAGCAAGGACCAUGUGGUUGGCAACGAGCAAAGGUCAGGAGCUUUUUGGAAGAGGAUUGUGGCGUACUAUGCAGAAAGUCCGAAGCCUGCAUGAAGUGCGAGGGAGGACAAUGUAAGCAGCAGUGGUAUAAGAUAAACGACCUCGUAUGCAAAUUAUUUGGAGCUUAUGAGUCAGCAUCAAGAGAGAAGGCCAGUGGGAUGAAUGAGAACCACGUCAUAAAGAUGGCUCACCAAAUAUUCUUCAGUGAUCAGAAGAAGAAGUUUAACCUAGAGCAUGCUUGGAAGGAGUUGCGUAAUGACCAGAAAUGGUCUGAGCUUUCUUCAACAAAAGCAGAUGCAACCUCGGAAAAGAGAAGGGCUGAGGAGGGAUCACAUUCCCCAAGUGCGAUAACAGAGGAACUCAAGAGUGGCGAGGAUGGUUUGCAGUCUAUUUGCAUACUUCUUAACUCCAUUGACUUGAUUAGGAUCUUCGCAAUGUCUUCUGCCAUUCGUCUCUGGCCAAAGUUCGAUGGGAAAGGGAAUUUCGGUCUGUGGCAAAGUCGAGUCAAGGAUCUGCUGACGCAGCAGGGUAUGAAGAAGGAGCUGUUAGAGAAAAAGCCGGAUAAGAUAGAGAAGGAUGAUUGGGACGAUAUGCAGGAUCAAACUGUUUCGACGAUUCGACUUUGUCUCUCUGAUGAUAUCACCAAUCAGGUGAUGAACAUCACGACUUGCAAGGAGAUGUGGGAUAAGUUAGAGAAGAUGUACAUGUCGAAAUCGUUAUCCAGCAAGCUGUAUCUGAAACAGAAGUUGUAUGGGUUGAAGAUGGCAGAGUGA